AUGGAAUCUUCAUCUACGGACGACCGUGGAUCUGAAAAACAAUUAACAACUGAGAUUGAAAUGACUACUGGCAUGGAAAUAGAUUUGCCUGAGUCAGAAACCUAUCAAACCGCAUUUGUUGAGAUGCCCAGCGAGGCAAGAAGUGAACCUCAGGAUCCGACGCAGGCAGCCCGGAAACGUCCUUUAGGUGAUGACCAUGAUAAUGAUGGAAGUUCCAGACAAGGGUAUAAGCGGGUGAGAGUCUCACAUGAGUCACAUAAGCGAGGGAUCAAGAGUGGAUUCUCAGCUAUCGUUUAG